GACGCCAUAUGGCUGAGUUUGCCGGCCUCUGGCACAAAGUGCGUCUCCGAAGAAAUCCAGAGCAACGUCGUCGUUUUGGCCGAUUAUGUCGUCAUUUCCGAUGACCACGUCCACGCCAGCCCUACCAUUUCCGCUAAGGUGACUUCACCUUAUGGCAAUAACCUCCACCACAAGGAAAAUGUCACACACGGCCAAUUUGCAUUUACAACUACUGAGGGUGGGAAUUAUUUGGCUUGUUUUUGGCGGGAGGGCCUUACUUCAGGUGGUGGCGAUAUAAGUAUCAAUAUUGAUUGGAAGACAGGUAUUGAUGCAAAGGAUUGGGAUUCAGUUGCAAGAAAAGAAAAAAUUGAGGGUAUUGAGCUUGAGCUAAGAAAGCUUGAAGGAGCAGUUGAGGCCAUCCAUGAAAAUCUUUUAUAUCUUAAAACCAGAGAAGCCGAGAUGAGAAUUGUAAGUGAAACAACAAAUGCUCGCGUGGCUUGGUACAGUUUGAUGUCACUGGCAGUCUGCAUUCUGGUUUCAGCUGCCCAAAUAUGGCGUCUAAAACGAUUUUUCCAAAAGAAAAAGCUAAUUUAGCGAGAGGGAAAAGAAAACACUAGAUCACGGACCUUGUAUUUUAUCUUUCAUCUGUUCUACUCGUAGAACUUUUUGCUCUGCAUAACGAAGUUUUCGUCUGGAAUCAAAGAUGUGUUACUUUUAUUGUGUGAAA